AACUGUCUGUAUAUAAAAUUUCCUCGGAUGAUUUGAGCUUCGUUUGUUGCGCUUCUAGGUGACACAGACAGAAUGGGGACGAGGACCAAUUUCUACAAGAAUCCUUCUCUCUCUUACAAGAAGGACUUCAGUAUCUCCUCUGUUCUUCGCAACCUCAAAGCUUACAACGUCGCCACCGGAAGUGCGCCUCUAACGGAAGAGCUAGCUCCUGGCAGCCACAAGAAUUCUUCCAUAAAACGCCGUCGGGAGCCAAGACCAGCGACUAAUCAGAGCCAUGAAGUGGAAGAGAACGAUGGACCUAUGUCUCAUCGUGAUUACAUUGAACGGCGAAGGAAAGAAGUUAGUUCUUCACAGCCUUACGACGAGCUAACUGCAGAUGUUCUGACAACUUCCAGUUGUGGCUUAAAUUUGGUGGACUAUGACAGUGAUGGGUCGUCUUCUUUAGAAUGUGAAGAAAAGCAGCAGAUAUCAAAUUCUGGUCACAUUGAUAAAGUUGAUCAAGUUAAGCUUAGAAGUGAGCAAAGGCUUCCUGAUCCCGGAGAACCUGUUUGUGUAAUAUGUGGUAAAUAUGGAGAAUAUAUAUGUGAUCAGACGGAUGACAAUAUCUGCAGUCUCGAGUGCAAAGAUGAGCUUUUGCAAAGUCUUAAACUCGCUGAGGGGCCCUCAAGCAACCCAAGGCCAGGUGUCAUCUCAUCUGGACUUGAAAGUGCCAUACCAAUGCCUGAUCUCGGAGUGGAUACUUGGGAUUAUGAACGCCACCGCUGGUCAAAGAAGAGGUCUAGACUUUGCACUUAUGAAUGUUGGAAAUGUCAGAGGCCUGGGCAUCUUGCUGAAGAUUGUACGGCCAUGACAUCUAACCAGGUUGACAUGGAGAUAAAAAAGCCCAAUCCUAUAUCUAAAGAUCUUCUUGGACUCUAUAGAAGAUGCCACCAGAUAAGCAGGAAAUCUCUGAGUGCAAAUUGCAAUGCAUGCCGUAGCUCAUUCAGUUUGGCAACAUGCCUGGACUGUAGUACAAUCCUUUGUGAUAGUGCAGGUCAUCUAUAUGAGCACAUCAGAGGACAUCCAUCCCAUCAACAGUACUACUCUCAUAAACUAAAGCGCCUGGUGAAAUGCUGUAAAUCAACCUGCAAGGUGACUGAUAUCAACGAUCUUUUGGCUUGCCACUACUGUUUUGAUAAAGCCUUUGAUAAGUUCUAUGACAUGUACACUGCAAGUUGGAAUGUAGGUGGACUUGCAAUAAUCAGGGGUUCUAUCUGCUGCGAUGAUCAUUUUGAGUGGCACAGGAUGAAUUGUUUAAAUGCAGAUAUCGAAGACAAAGCGCAUGUCAUCAAUAGAAGCCUGGAGAAUCACAAGCAUGCUAAAAUUAGUGACUUUAUCUUCUGAUGGAAACUGUUGCAGAUGGGCUUAACCCGACCAACACCCUGCUGAAGCUGCAAACACACAUGUUCGAUUUUAUCUGCCAGUUAAAAUGACUGAGAUCUAGAAUUUGUGACUUAAGGAUGUUAGGAUGCCUCAGAAUUCACCUGGCCAGUAUUCGUUUUUUACUUCUGUUCAUGUUUUUGAAGUUGGUAGUGUGAACUGUGAACUUUUGGGAAACAAAAUUUGAGAAGUUUGAACAUAUUCUCUUUUUCA